AUGCCUGGAGCCCCGCCCCCUUACGCUGCACCUCCCUUCACGCCUCCCACCAUACCCUCCUCCUGGCCUCCACCUGGGAACACGGCCUCCAUGGGUGAGAUCCAGUUCGAGGGUUUACAGUUGCUCACACAUCCAGAUCGUCUAUGGAUCUGGCAAAAGAACGUGUAUACAGACGAAAACCAGCGCACCUGGAUGUCUAUAACCGUGGAGAACGAUGGUGUCCUCUUCGUCCUCAUGCAGCAGGUGGAUGUCGCUCUGGGGCCGGCGCUGCGCCCCAGCCAGAUCCCUCCAUCCCAGCUGCCUUUGCUGUGGCAGUUCUACCCCGACGAAAGACGCUACCGCGGCUCCGACUCCAGCAAAUGGCAUGUCGUGUACCAUGUUAAGUACAACGGCCAAGAGGACAUGCUUCUACAACGGCUGCCAGAGCCCAAGCAGGAGUGA